GCGCUGGUGUCCUGGGAAACCCGCGGCUGCUCUGCCCGGCAUCCCGGUGGUUCCGUGGGCUGCGGGUAAACAGUGCCCGGCGGCGGCCGCGCCAGUCGGAGUUUCCCGGGUACCCGCAAUAGUCGGCGCCGGGCUUUGGGCUCUGCUGUCGCUGCAUCGGCAGGGGACGUCCUUCCGUGGAAAAGCUGCCCCCAAGUCCAGGAAAAACAAAAUGAAGGAACUAGUAUCAAACAGUACAACCAAUAUAUCUCAAGCCAGGAAAGCUGUGGAGCAAUUAAAAAUGGAAGCAUACAUGGAUAGAAUGAAGGUGUCCAAGGCUGCAGCAGAUUUAUUGGCAUAUUGUGAUGCGCACAUUGGAGAAGAUCCCCUUAUUAUUCCUGUGCCUGCAUCUGAAAAUCCCUUUAGGGAGAAGAAACUCUUUUGUACUAUCCUUUGAGUCCGUUUUCAAUUAAAAAUGUCUCCUGCUAAAAUUUGGUAUCAGUGUUGCAUGCUUUUAGCAUUUUUUUCUUCAGAUAUCUAUUCUUACCUUAUAAUAUUUUUCAAAGGUAGUGCAUUUUCUGCUAAAAAAAAUUAAAAUUAAAAAAAAUCCUAAAAAACUCAAGGUGAUACUUAUCUUUGAGAACAAUGUACAAGUUUAACUUCAGUUCUUCAUAAAUAUUCUUUUGGUCUUAAUGAAAGUAUCGAGUACAGUAUCAAAUUGUAGAUAUCUUUGCCAGUCAUAGAUUUUUUCUGAGACCUAAAUGAGUCAUACCAAUUCUUGAAGCUAUUUUUAACAUUCUUAUUUUCCUUGGAAGGUGAAUUUAAUUCAUUUGCCUUUACAAAUUUCUAUCUAAAGAGAGCAGUGUGACCUCUGCCUCAAGUAGCACUAUUUAGGGAAAGAUCCCAGUAAUUUACAAUGUGUGGAAUGAUUAAUCUUACACAGUAAGUGGUGUUUUCUGAAGACUGUAAGAAACUUAACUACAAAAUAAUAGUAAAGCAACAUUGUAACUACAAGCAGAAUGAAGAUGUAUAGUUACACACCAGGAUUGAAUCAAUAAAACUGUAGAAAAAGACGUCUGCUUGUAUCUUAUUUUGAAUUAUAAUACUUUAAAUUAUUUUAGAAAGUAAAUGGAACUGUAAUAUAACUGUUCCUGAGGGUCUUAGUGGAGGGUGUAAAACUGCCCUGAACAGCAAAGGGAGGAGGAUUAUAUUUUCUGAGCAGCUCUCUACAUGCUUUUGCCCACAAGGGUAAGACUUUAUGGGGAUGGACAGUAAUGGUAAAUGAAUGGUGUUCUAGAAUAUGCAGCAAGACCACUGUGCCAUUGACGGCCACUACGUUGGUAUGUUUUGUAGCUGCAGAUUAGUUCAGUUGUCAGCGAGUAAUUUACGGAGGUUCAGGGAGAUUUUUUUUGUUUUGACUUUGUUGAAAGUGCAGUGAGAGGAAAAGAAUGAGGUGUGGAAUAUGAUUGCCUUCUUCAGUUAGUAAAAUUAAGCUCACACAAGGCAUCUGAUGGAAGCAACUGUUACAUUACAGAUUGGGUUUUUUUAUUCCUCUUAAAGAAUAAUUGAAAGCUCCUCUCUGAUCUGAUGUAUUAGGACAGUUCACUCAUUGCAGUACUUCUUACGUACAGUGUGUCUUCUGCCUUAUGUCUGGGGCUGACUGACAAUUUUGUUGGACGCCUGCGCUAGUUCGACUGACUUGAGACUCUGAACAGCCACCUGUAAUGGAUCAUGCUUCCUCCCUUCCUCUGCACAAAGUUGUAUUCCAUAAGCAUCUUAAAUACCUGCAAGGCAAAGACCAGCUGAGGAACUGAGGGCUUUGAGAUGUACUUAAACGUUCAAUGUAGAUGGUUAAAAAGGGCAGUUUGGUGAACAAAGUCAUGUGCAUUUCCCCAAAGUGCAUGUACCUUCUCCAGCUUAUUUUUAGCAGUUUCCAUCAAUGUCUGUUGUACUGUUUUGUGCAAUGAAAUACAAGAUGACUGCAUUGUA